CCUGCCGGGGCCCCAGAGGGGCAGCCGCCGCUCCGAAAGCACAAGCAGAAGGGCGAGGCCUGGAGCGGCCGAGGGCGAUGGGGCAGGGCGAGGGCCGCCCACGAGCACAGGUGCCUGGGCAAGCUGGCGGUGCGCGUGGAGCUGCCCAAGGCCCUGCGGCCCCUGCUCCUGCACGACUGGAGGCUGGUGACCCUGGAGAAGCGGCUUUUCGUCCUGCCCGCCAAGAGGCCGGUGGAGGCCAUCCUGGCCGAGUACGUGGUGCGCCAGCAGAACUGCCAGACGGCCUUCAAGAAGUACCCCGUCGGGGAGGCCGUGGUGGCCCUGCAGGAGUUCUUCGACCUGGUGCUGAGCAGCCAGCUGCUCUUCCGCUUCGAGAAGCUGCAGCACUGCCGGAUCCUGCUCCGCCACCCCCAGGCCCGCAUGUCCCAGAUCUACGGGGGCGCCCACCUGCUGCGCCUCUUCCCGCAGCUCGGCCCCAUGCUGGCCUGCGCUCCCCUGGGCGCCCCCAGCCUCCGGCUGCUGCUGAGCCACCUGCAGGGGUUCCUGCAGUAUUUUGCCAGCGACCCGUCCCUGCUGUUUAAGGCCGCCACCGACUACCAGGUGGCCUCGGCCGAGUACCAGCAGCAGGCCGGGUGAGGCUGCGCCCCCCCCCUUCCCUCGCCCCUCGCCCGUUGGCAUUUCUCUGUCGGUUCAGUUGUCAGGGUGGGAGCUCCUUUCCCCCUCUGCAGAGCGGUGCCACGUGGGAGCUGUGCCCGGCCGGGGACACCCGCACGAUCGUCCAGCGUCCUGGAUGCCCGCGUCAGUGCCCCCGGAGCUUCCUGGACCACCUGAUCCUGGCCUCUAGCCAUCCCUGCCCUGGCCGGGGCCGCUCUCUGCCCACACGAGAGGGCGUCACCGUGUGGCCAGGAAGGGAGCCCCACUUCGGAGGUUUCCCCCAGCGAUCCCAGCAGCCUUUCGGGCAGCCAAUAAAGUGCCUUCUGCGUU